AUGGACAAUAAAGAAAUCGACGGAGAAGAUCUAAAGAGAAGACUAUCAGAAUUCAUAGAAAAUCAGCCUUUAUGCUCAGCGCCAACUUCUAAUAUCAAUCAUAUGCAUCCAACCCUUAAUUCACGGCUGGAGAAUCAUAUGGAUGCUCAUCUCAAUGAUCUAAUUAGAAAAAACGAUGAAGAAACAAAAGAGUCUCCCCUUCCUCAACGAGCCAAAAGAAGCGGGGAAGAAAGCCACUCCGUCCUAACGAUCGAAUCAAGAAGAAAACUGAAGAAAAAGAUAAAUAUUGAUUUAGAGUAUUCAGAGCAUACAUUCUAGACGAGAAUAAUUCUCCUAUCUUUUAUAUAGCAAAUUUUUUUUAUUGAAAUUUUUAACCAAUAUGAAGAAAAAUUCUCAAUAUACUAUAUGAAAUCUCAAUAUUCAAAUCUGAAGCCAAAGCUUAGCAAAGACGAUCAGCUAUUUUGGCUUGAACAUCUAG